UGUCGGCUUGCGGAAUGUCCUAGUUUUCGCGAAGUCCGUUGUGUCGGACUUCUAACGAAGAUAAGACGCCGUCAAGGACAAUUAAAAAACAUCAAAUUAAUUGGGGAAGUGCACUGAACAAACUGGGGAUGUGUAUUAUAAUUAUGAAGACAAUUUAAAGUGACAAUGGAGAGCAACGAAUAUGAACUUGUCCGCAACCUAACUUUGCUCUUCUUUCUGGAGCGACUUUUGGAUAAGGGCGGACCUAGGACGUUGCAUGAUCUGAGCUGUCAGUUUGGCGCGAAAGGAUUUACGAAGGAAAUGCGUCAAAUUGCCGGAGGUUCGCAGUCUGGACUAAGAAAGUUCUUGGCACAAUACCCUUCGCUUUUCUCAAUCGAUGGAGACUAUGUGUAUGUCAAUGCAUUUACCGCCCCUGUAGACACCCAGCAGGAUAUUGGUCUGAAGUAUGUCGGAGGGAAGAGGGACUAUGCACAGGAAGCUGUGGAAUACUUCAGCAACAAGCUUAUGCAGUAUGGACCAGGAACAGAAGUACCAAUUAAGAGCCUCCUAGGACACAGGUCACAGGCCUCUCCUGAAGUCCGCCACAUCUCAGGUCAGCAUGGGAAAGAGUUUCGUGACUUCCUCCUUCGGUACCCAGAUACUUUUGUGGUUGGGGAAGAGACAGUUGUGCUGAAGGAGUGGGAGGACAGGGAGCCACAGCCUUUUCAUGAAUUGGAGCAGGUACAUGUUGACCCUGCGGUGACAGCACGGUUACUAGGAUUCAUUUCACAGUGUAUUGAGGUGAAAGGUCCCAUGAUGGUUGACCAGUUGUUCCAUGCUGUAGCUUCAUCAAGAAUUCCCCAGGAUCAGUGGGCAUGCAUGUUCAAAACUCCCCAGGAUCUUUCUACGUUCCUCAAAAUGCACUCUGAUGCAUUUCAUGUGCAGUCAAAUCUUGUGACCCUAAUUUCUGUUCCUCCCCAGACUUCCCCCACAAGAUCAUGCAACACAGCCAGUAACCAAGUCCCUGCCGGUCCACAGCCGUGUUCCCCCUUCCAUCAGAAUAACAACAAUAACAAUAAUAUUAUCAGUGUUAGCUCAAGCCCCAUAACGUUGUCCAGUGUUAAUAAUAAUAUUGAGCCCCAACUAAGGAGUCUCACACCGCCUGCUCCUCCUGUAACAGCCCUUCAGAAUCAGACACUGAAACAGCGAAUCAAUUCACUGGUGAUGAAAACAAUUGCACAAAACACAGAACGGGACCGAAGUUAUGCUGCCACUUCAUUAGCAAAUAAUACUUCGACAGCAGGUGGAGCUCAUGGUGGUGAUAUCUGGAAAGCUAAAAUAUUACAGAAUACUAAGGUCAUUGUUACCAUAAAAGAGAGCCUGCAGGUUGUGGAGGAUAUCAUGUCACAAGCAGCUACAGAAAAGGUCUCUGUUUCAUUUGACUGUGAGGGUAUCAACCUUGGUGUUAAAGGACAGCUAACACUGUUUCAACUAGGUACCAUGUCAGGUUUUGCUUACAUCUUCGAUCUCAUCACAUGUCCCACUAUUGUCUCAGCUGGUGGACUUCAGCAUCUCUUACAGUCAGAUACUGUUACAAAGGUUCUGCACGAUUGCCGCAAUGACAGUGUUAACUUGUACAACCAGUUUGGCAUAACCCUUUGCAAUGUCUUUGAUACACAGGCAGCACAUGCAGUCUUGCAGCUUCAGGAGUUAGGGAAACCUGUAUAUAAAGUCAAGAAUGUGUCAUUGAAUGCUCUGUGUGAAAUGUAUGAUGCCCCUGUAAACCCCAUGAAGGAUCAGCUGAAGAACGUAUAUCGCAGGGACCAGCGGUACUGGGCCAGACGCCCCCUUACUCGAGACAUGAUGCUGUAUGCUGCAGCUGACGUUUUAGCCCUCGUACCACAAGUGUACAAUGCCAUGACCAGGCUGAUCAAGCCAGAGUAUGAGGUUCUGCUGAAGGAGCUGUGUGAGGAACAGAUUUUCAUGCACAUCAAGCCAGGUGAUGUGAAACAACGCAAGAAACAGCGUAAAGUUGAAACAGAAUUAGCAGAUUUGCGAGGCAAACUUUCAUCAAGCACAAACAAGACAAAUAUUGUGCUCAGCAAUAGAGAAAUUCGUCUCCUCAGGUACCUCGAUUUAACAGAAGAGGAAAAAGAGAAGCUAAAGGGUUCAUACAAAGUAGCAAGGAAAUUGGAGAAAUUGGAGAACCUGCAGGACAGAGAUGGAAAAAGUGAAGAUGAAGAUGAGGAUGAAGAUUUUGAUGGUUGUAAUGGAGACAGUGGGAAAACUUCACCAUCGUCAGGUGGACUGACAUCACCUCGAACGCCCAUCUCUGAGCCCUUGUCUUUAACUGAAUCAAUGCAGUUGUUAGAUGAGAUACUUUCAGAUGGGCGAAUGGAAAGGCUUGAUAAGAUUGAACGGCUGGAAGCAAUUUUAUCUGUGAUAACGGCUCCACCUGGUGGAGAUGGUGGCACAGAGAGCAACCCUCCAUGUUGUGCAUGCCAUUGUCACAUCAACAUCAGUACAAAGGAAGGAGGUGUUGGUAGUCCCAGGUCUCUUGUUACUAGUUCUGGUGGACAGGCUGAUGUGGCAUGUCAAACGCUUUCAACAGGCGAUAUUGUGAUAACAAGAAUCUUCUUUACCGAGGAAGAAAAAGAACGGGAGAAGACUCUGACCUCAAGCCCCAAAAAGUGCCCCCCAUCCCAACAUUCUGCUUCCUCCUCCUAGGGUUCUGCUUAGGAGUCCUCUCAUUGUAUCUGUGUAUAGACAAAAACUCGUAAUUAUUCUGUGGUUGAUUUCAAGAAACCAGAUACAGGUUCCCCAUUUGAACUGGAGCAAUACUUCAACAAACAGUGAUUUACUGCAAAAUAUGUCUCAAGUGCCAACACGUGAGAGUGUGAGGUAGGAUUGUCUUCCUACAGAUACUAACACCUGAUGACCGACAUACUGACAGCAUGACUUACAGUUCAUCAAGGCAAACAUACGGUUGUGUGGGUGAAAUUUAUUUUCAGUUUUCAUGUUGCUGCCAACUGAAAUUAACUGGGUCCCAUGCCAGUAUAUUUUGUGAAACCAAAUAAAAGUGUAGACAUGAAAUAUUGUGCUGUUCAUGGAAGCACUGUUUGUUUGGUAUCCAUUCUGCAAGUUAUAUGCAAGUGUUUCAGACCCAAGUCUGUAAGGAUAUAAGGGCUGGUCAGAUUACUGUAGCAUCUUGAUCAUUGUAAUAGGAAUGUUUGGAAUUUUGUUGGAGAUUUUUAAUUUUAUCGUUGUUGCUGUUAUUUCAAUUUUCAUUUAAUUUUUAUCUACUGUUUGAUUCAGAAGAUAUGUAUUUUAUUCCAAUACUCAAAUUUUAUGCAAAUUCUCAAAUUAUAGGGAAAUUUAAUACUUCAGCUUUAUAUUCCAAACUGUAUCAUAAUGUGAAAUUAUUGUAUUUCAAGUUUAUAUUAAUGGUUUUUUUUAUGGAAUUACUUUUUAAUUUCAUUCCUCCAGAUAAAUUUUAUAUCUGAUCAGUACAAUAAUCAUUUAGGUGCUGCCAUUGGGAGAGUCAAAUGGGAUUAAGUCACAGUUGAAUCUCAAAUUUAUUUGUCCUAAAGUUUGAGGGGAGCAAAAUGGUAACAUUUUGUAGAACAGUAGAGCAGAUUAUGCACUCUCUGAUGACAUUUUAUCAUUAUUGAUAUUUAAAAUCAAGUUGAUGAAAAUGGCAUGUGUCAAAAAUGAUUUAUGGAUUAUGAUAAUGUUUACACCUCAGUACUUCACAUUUAGGUAGAAGUCUUUGUAUUCAUUACGGAGCAGUUUAGGUGUUCAUGUACUGGUUCUCUUGCAAUAUGAACUAAUUUGUUAUUUUAAAAGGUGAUUAAACUGAAAAUUGCAAAUUUCAUGCCUCACAGAAUGUACUGCAUGUAAACAAACAUAGUGCAAUGUGUAAUUUGUGUGCCAAGGCAAAUAGAAAGGGUGCUGCAGUAGCAUUGAAUGGCAAAAUACUGGUAGUUCUUUAAUUUUUUUACUUCUAAAAAAGAUGUGCCUUCUUGAUUUUAAUGUGAUAUCUGUGGAAGGUGCAUGAUAGAAGUUCCCUCAGAGACAUAUUGUAGUUCUGUAUAUUUUAAACAUUAUAAACUUAUAUCACAGCUCUGAAUAAUUUCGGCAGAGUGAACUUCAUUUUAAUAUUAUAUGUGACAUGUAAUAUUUUGAUGAAUAUAAACUAAUUUGUUUUAAGUAUAAAGUCACAGAUUCUGACACUACUUGGGAGUGAGACUUUUGAAUGUGUUCAUUAUAGUACAUAAAUGUUGGUGUCAGUAUGUUAGAGAAUGAAAGGAAAAACAUUUUGUCCCUCAGCUGUGAAACUUGUGGGAUGUCACAGUGAUGAAAUUCCAUAGGACAAUUCUUUGUACACUGGAUCAGUUUCAACGCUUAUGGAUUUACUUAACAGUUGGCUUGCUCGAGUCUGCCUCACUCACUAAAAUUUUGUCACCCAAUGUGAAGACACUGCAACCAGUCCUUUAUGUUGGAACACAGUGUUAUAGGUGGUCUCACAUUGGUGUGAAUGUCUAUAACCAGUCAAGCAGUGUCAUCACUGUUCUGGUUGUACUUAAUAUUAAGUGGCAUUCAGAGUCGAACUUGACAUUUGUGAGGUUCCUUUGCAGGCUGAGAGGUGUUCUGGGACUGCAUUGAUAAGACAUUGGAAGUGAGAAAGGUGAACACUAAUAGAGAUUAAAGACAUUGCUGUCAAUAACUGCUGCACUCCAUUAUAAGACAAAACCUUAAUUUAAUGGUUCAUUCGUUUAUUAUCCAGUGUAUAAUGUUCACACACAUAUUCUCAUUGACAGUUAACAAAGUAAUGCAGGUUGUAGAUCCCUUUUCAUUUAGUUUUUGUCCUGACUCACUAAUUGAGCUGCUGUAUCACCUUCUGCUGGCUGUCAGUUUUUAAAGUAUUUGUCUCCAGUACUUACUGUAUGUCUAAACCUAAAAGCAUAAUUUGGCAUUUUCAAGUACAAAAAUCCAACCAGUAUCACUUUCACUAAAUGACUGCAGCAGUUGAUAUUGAGUUCUUAAAUAAAACUACACUUCAUGUUUGUUCAAGGAAGAUUUAAAAUUGGUCAUACUGUAUAAAAAUACAUGCCUGACAAUAAUAGUUCUCAUAUUUCUUAAAAUUGACUACUGUUUUAAGACUGAUUGGGGUUUAUGAGACACAACAUGUGAACCAAUAGAAAAUCAGACCACAGUAUUAUAGUACCUCUACUGAAAAGUAAAGUCUCUCGAAACGAAACAUGCUUGUAUGACUGAACACUGCAUUUUAAGUUGACUUGUUUAUUUUUAUGAUCCAUAUAUAUGUGAAACUUAUAUGGAUAAUAAAAAGGAAUUAAAACAACAGAGCAUAAAAAUAGUCCUAUGCCAUGAAGGUAUAAAG